AUGGACAGGAUAAGUCACUUGCCUGAUGAGCUUCUCUUGAAAAUAUUGUCAUUACGUCCUUCUGCUAAGGAUGUUGUUGCCACUAUGGUUUUGUCAAAACGUUGGAAGUUUCUUUGGAUGUACAUGCCAAGACUCGUCUACGAUGAUCAUAUCAUUGAUAUUAAUCAGAGCCCCGAGUAUGCAACGUUUUCGCGGUUUGUAGAGAGAUCUUUGUUUCUGCACAAGGCUCCAGUUAUAGAAACUUUGCAUUUGAAACUUGGUCAAAACUGUGGUAGUGGAGAUAUUGAAACGUGGAUUAGAGCUGCGGAGAAACACUGUGUGCAUGAGCUGAUCAUUGAGAUUGAUAAGCCUGAUCCUAGCUAUAAAACUCCAGUCACACUUCCGGGGAGCUUGUAUACAUGGUGCAGAACGCUUAAGACCUUGAUACUAAGUAACGCGGUUCUCGUGGAUGUUGCCUCUCCAGUUUCUUUCCCAUCUCUCAAGAAACUGAGUCUUACAUGCGUGAAGCACGGAGGUGAGGAGUUUGUGAACAAGCUUUUAUCCAGUUGUCCUGUUCUUGAAGACUUGGUUGUGGAGCAACGUGAAGAUGACAGUUUGACCAUUAUGAGCGUUAGAGUGCCUUCCUUAAAGAGAUUAGUUUUGCAUAGGUUCGACCACAACUUUAGCAAAAACCAGUCUCAAGGUUUUAAGAUAGAUGCUCCUUCUUUGGAGCACUUGGGCAUUUUUCAUACGAGUGGGUUUUGUGCCAUUGAGACUAAUAUGACUAAGGUUGUGGAUGCAAAUAUUGUCUUUUCAACUUGGAAUUUCUGGAAGAAGUUGGGAUCCGUUACUUCAUUCAAGCGCCUUUAUCUGUGCAUACCAUCCUCAAACGAUGUGUAUCCUGCUGGUAGUGUCUUCCACAAUCUUGUACAUUUAAAGAUAUGCACAUGCGAGACGGAAUGGUUGAAUCUACUUAUGCGUGUGCUCAAAGAUUCCCCUAAUUUACAAGCUCUUGUACUAGGACAGUGCCAUUACCUCCGAUCAUCUGAGCCACGACCGAGCUGGAACCCGAGCUGGAACGAACCGAGCUCAGUUCCUGAAUGUCUUUUAUCAAGUCUUAAAACUUUCGAGUGGACAAAAUAUGAAGGAGCAGAAGAAGAGAAAGAGGCAGUAUCGUUUAUGAUCAGAAGCGCAAAGUGUUUAAAGAAGGCAACUAUUAGUAUCACCUCUAAAUCUGCUGAGAGUGGCAAGGAACAUGAGACGAUGAUCAAGGAGUUGUUCUCUUCAUCCAGACGUUCACCAGACUGUCAGCUUGAAUGCACAGUGAAGUUAUGA